CGACGCUGACGUUACGCAGAGCCGCGCCACGGUCUGGGAGUCUGGUUCGCUGCGCAGCCAUGGGGGCUCCCGGAGGAAAGAUCAACCGGCCCCGAACGGAGCUGAAGAAGAAGCUGUUCAAGCGACGGCGGGUGUUGAACCGGGAGCGGAGACUGAAGCGCCGGGUGGUCGGGGCUGUGAUAGACGAAGGGCUGAUCACGCGGCACCACCUGAAGAAGCGGGCGUCCAGUGCACGUGCCAACAUUACUCUCUCUGGGAAGAAGCGCAGAAAGCUCCUCCAGCAGAUCCGGCUAGCCCAGAAAGAGAAAGCAGCCAUGGAAGUGGAAGCCCCCGCCACGCCAGCCAGGACUAGUGAACCGCAGCCCAAGCGGCAAAAGAAGACGAAAGGCCCCCAGGAUGUAGACAUGGAGGACCUUGAAGAUGAGAGCUGAAUCUCUCACCUCUUCCACCUGAAGGUUCUCAGCUGGAGCCAGAAGGACUCUGGUUGUUUCAGAGGACUUUGGAGGAAGCAUUGCCCCUUUUCAUUCUCCUCAGACUCCUCUUCCUUGAUGGCCUAGUCACCUGCCCCGGAGAGGUGUAUUGAGAGGAAGAGACUGGAGAAGGGGGCUCCCUCGCGGUCAGCUCCACUUGUAAUAAAGCCCUAGAGUUCUCCCGGA